AUUUGUUGCAAACAUUGCGAAGGGCGAAGUCAUGGUGCCGGCACCGCCUCGGCUCUUCAUGGCACCGUGAGAACUUUCUCCCUGGCCCCGCUUCGCUCCAUCUUUUCUUUUUGGAUGUUUGUCAGUGGGAUCGUGCUCCUUUGGGGAAUCCUCCAUCGUUUCCCUUUUCAAUAAUGUUCACUUUUGCUGCCUUCUGCUACAUGCUGUCUCUGGUCCUCUGCGUGUCCCUGAUCUUCUUUGCAAUAUGGCACAUAACAGCUUUUGAUGAGCUCCAGACUGACUUCAAAGUGCCGAUUGAUCAGGGCAAUCCACUCCAUGCGAGGGAGAGACUGCGGAAUAUUGAGAGGAUCUGCAACCUGCUGAGGAAGUUGGUGCUACCGGAGUAUUCCAUCCAUGGGCUCUUCUGUAUCAUGUUCCUGUGUGCCCAGGAGUGGCUGACUGUAGGCCUCAACAUCCCCCUGCUCUUCUACAACACCUGGAGGUACUUUCAUUCCCCAACGGAUACUAAGGAGCUGCUCUACGACCCGGCGUCCGUGAUGAACGGCGACACACUCAAGUUCUGCCUGAAGGAGGCGUGGUGCAAGCUGUCCUUCUUUGUCCUCUCCUUCUUCUACUAUCUCUACUGUAUGAUCUACUCCUUGGUUACCUCAUAACAACUGAUUUAUACUACAGAAAAAUAAAAAAGGACUCUGGAUUCACAGGCUGCCCUUUGGGUCAGUUCUAGAAUUGAAAUGACAGGACAUUUUACAGAAAAAGACAAUGAGAGAAACAUGUUUUGUGUUGUGAAGCCAAACGAUGAACACGUCGGGGCUGACGCUCAUUCUAUGCUCUGGCCCUCGCCCCCAAAGAGGAAAGGACUUGCUUUAUGUUCGACUGUACAUAAAAACUGAAGACUAAAUCUGCUGUUUACAGUCUGAUUGGUCAUAGCAAGACCCAAGUUAAUCACUGCCUGGCCAAUGUUUGUAUCACACACACGCACACACACAUAUAAACACACAUCCUCUGAGUGGUACCAUACUCACUGUACAGUAGCAGUGCCGGUAGCCCGGAGGACGAAGAGCACAGUAGCGUUUGCACAGUUUGUCUCAGGCACAGCACACGGUGAAGCACUGUCCAGCCCAGCGCCGCUCGCCGACCCGCAGUCAUUCCUCGCCGACGCCUCGCCAACCGUAGCUUCCCCGGUGAGCCCGAUUCGAGGGGUGGAUGGACGAGUUGACGGAUGGAUCACACUGUACAGAGAAGAGAAACAAGCUCUGGAGGAAGCACCAGGGAGGAGAGUUCUCUUUGUAUCUCCCCACAGAUGGCACAUAACGGUCCACGGCCUGUGGACUUCUCUUUCUAACAUUAUGUGAAUGGCUUUUGUGACGUGUGCAAUUUUGGUGUAUUCUUUAACAAAAGGCAUUUCUAAUUGAUCUAUGGCAAAAGGUAUUCUAUACAGCAAAAGCCUUCUUCGUGUUGUCCUCGUGUUGUUCAACUGUGGGAAACUUUUCUAGAACUCGGAACCGAAGUAAAACCACAAAAAAACUGAAAAAUGUCAAAGCUUUUAUAGUAGAGGAGCACACAGUCUUUGCACAAAUAGGGUCUUUGAUCUUGCACAAUAUUCGCAAUAUUUGGCUAUAUAUUAGAAACGAUUUAUGAUAGUCUAGACACACAGGAGACGGUCUUCCAACAUAUAAAGAACUAUCCAGCCCUGUUUGAAGAUAAUGGGUGGUGGGGGGUGGGGGCUUUUCUAGCGCUAUUUACACCAUGGACCAAAAUGUUGUCUUUCCAGUAUUCGAAUUGAUUUAUUUAUUUAUUUAUGUCUAUUUGUGAGAUGCUGACAGCUUGCCUCCAUACUCUAAAAUAAGAAUAAGAGGAAGUGAAAGGUGUCUCGAAAUAAUCUCAGUGAUUUGAAUAAAAGCAAAAGUAGCAGAAGAUGCAAAUAAUAUUUGAGGAACUGCCUGGGUAUAUUGAGAUGUUAUAUAGUUAUUUCCCGGAGAUAAAGUCCCCUUCCAUAUGCAGGUUAGAGGUCGUCCCUUGCAGCUGCAGGGCACUCGGCGUCUGGCUCGUAGGCAAUUCUGCAGUGCAGGCGAUUGGACCUCCCCUUUCCACAUGUAGCACAGUUUGCCACUUAUAGAUCUUUUGGUACGCACCUGGUAUUAACAUGUGGUAUUAGUUGUCACAAGUGGUCACAGGAGACACAUUCAGGACACACUUUAAUGCCAGGUGUGAACACACGUCCGUAUCGCUGGCUACAAGUGAUUGGAUGUCUGAGGACGGAUGGUAAUACCAAGUGUGUAGAUCUCCAGCGUCAUCCCUCACUUGAUCACGGACUCAAGGAGCAGAUAGGAAUGCCCACUUCUUGUUGUUUUCUCUUAUUCUAAGUCAUUUUCUAUCCUUACCGUGUAUGUGACCAACCGCGUAAAAUUUAGAUAUUGUUUAUGAAAUAAAA